AUGGGAGUUGAUGGCAGUAAUAGUGGAAACUUUACUGAAGUUUCGAAUAUGAUUGCAAACAUGGAACAAAAUAAGCAACUAUUCGAAACAAUUACAUCAAGAGCUACAUUUGCUAGACAUCAUCGAAAACCACAAACUAGCAACAGCACGGAAAAUUUAGAAACAAGAACAACAUCAAAUAAUUUAUACGAAAAUUUAUUGGAAACUAAAGGUGAAAAUAUUAUUGGUCGUAAAUCAAGUAAUAGUUCGUGGACAGUAGAGGAAAUUCCACUCUCUUCAAGACAAUCUAAAAAUUUAAUGGAAACUUUAAACGAAACUCAACUAAACCUUACUGUUAUUGUUCAAGACGAAAGUGAUGAUGCAAUUAUUAGAAGUGAAAGUGUAAAGAGUGAUGAAUCAAUAACUAUUCUAAAUGAACUCUAUGAUGAGAAUUCAAUAUCCGAAACUGAAAACUAUUCGAAUAGAAUGAAUGAAAAUAAGAGAACUCCAAUUCAGUCCUCAACUUCAAAGAAAUUAAAAUUUGAUGCACUGAUUCCAAACUCUAUCAAGAAUAUGUUUCUUAGUACGAAACGUUCUCAACCUUCGAAUAGUUUAUACGAAGAAGAAAAACCCAAAAAAAAUACCAAAAAUAGAAAAUCACCAUCCCUUAGAAAUGAAGGUGAUUCAAAUUCAUCCACUUCUUCACCAAUUGCUACUCCAAAUGUAUUAGAUUCCAUUGAUAAUAAUGAAAACAUAAUUUCCAAUUGGAUUUCAAUAUUUGAAAAUUUACAAAAAUCUCAAAAAGAAGGAAAUGAUUCAACUUCGACCAGUAAGAAUGGAAGUAUUAUUACAGUAUCAUCACCACCUAAUACUACUACUAUUGAUAAUAGCAACAAUACUCAAUUUUGUAUGAAUGGAAAAGAGUUUAUUGAUCUUAUUCGAAUGUCCUAUCAGAAUCUCUGUAAAUCCAAUUUAGUCACUUUGGAUGGCAAAGUGUUAUAUGCUUUUGUUUCUACAUUGAUUACAAUGAAUUUGAUGGUAGAAUCUUCAACAACAAUAGUUUCUAAUGAUGAAAAUUCUAUUCGAUUAUCACUUGCUUCAAAUCUUUGCAGAAACGAAACUUUAUUCGAAACUUUAAACCUCACCUUGUAUCCAGAAAGAAUCAAACAAGAAAAAGAAAAGGUCUUUGAUGCAUCAUUACAAUUUCUAAAGCAUCAAGUCACUUGUCAACCGCCUUGCGCGCAAAUUUUCAACUCACAAACUAAUAACUCGACAGCUAGCAGCAAUUUUAAUGAUCGUAACGAACAAGAAUUGAACAUAGAUAAGAAUAUGCUACUACAACGAAGAGAAUCAAAAUUAUUGCUGUCAUUCGAAGAAUUUUUAACUGUCAAUAAUCAAUGCAAGAUGGGAUCAUCAUUAUCUCAUGAAGAUUUGAAGAAAAUGCAUCACAAACAACAACAACAGACUUGGCAAUCUCCAAUUCAGCAGCAAACUUAA